UAACAAUGCACAACGUGGGUAAUUUAACACUCAAUAUCACUAAUGGUAUGAUUGAUGUCAGGAAUAAUCAGUUUGACUUGAUUAAUAACCGGCAAUUCCCUUUCAUACGAAAUCACGAAACAAUAACUGACAAGCCCAGAACUGCAAUAGACAAUAAAGACUGUGACUCCACGCAAAGCAGCACUGAAAAUUUAGAGGAUCAGGAAGAACACGAAAAAGACUGUGAAAAUUUAGAGGAUCAGGAAGAACACGAAAAAGACUGUGAAAAUUUAAAGGAUCAGGAAGAACACGAAAAAGACUGUGAAAAUUUAGAGGAUCAGGAAGAACACGAAAAAGACUGUGAAAAUUUAAAGGAUCAGGAAGAACACGAAAAAGACUGUGAAAAUUUAGAGGAUCAGGAAGAACACGAAAAAGACUGUGAAAAUUUAAAGGAUCAGGAAGAACACGAAAAAGACUGUGAAAAUUUAGAGGAUCAGGAAGAACACGAAAAAGACUGUGAAAAUUUAGAGAAUCAGGAAGAACACGAAAAAGACUGUGAAAAUUUAGAGGAUCAGGAAGAACACGAAAAAGACUGUGAAAAUUUAGAGGAUCAGGAAGAACACGAAAAAGACUGUGAAAAUUUAGAGAAUCAGGAAGAACACGAAAAAGACUGUGAAAAUUUAGAGGAUCAGGAAGAACACGAAAAAGACUGUGACUCCACGCAAAGCGCCUCUGAACACUCCGAGGAUGAGGAAAAAUACAGAUUUUCAUUGGAAAUCUGUUUGGAACAGCUGGUUGAAAAGUUUGUAAAAAAAAAUCAGGCAUAGUCAUCAGUCCGGAAAGGAUUUUUGCCAUCUACAACAGGCUUACCAACAAAAUUUGGGCUGAAAUAAGGGGUGACAUUGAUAA